AUUUGAGACUCAACGAUGAGAGCAGUGCCGGUGGCUCUCGCCGUUUUCUGCGUCGUUUUGAGCGUACUGUUCAACCGCUUCUCAUUUUUCCUUCCGGAACCCAACGCGCAAGUCGAAGAAAACAUCAAGCAAGAGAUGGUUGCCCCUUCCAAACACGCCCUCGUCGUCGGUGCUUCUUCUGGAAUUGGUCUCGCUGUUGCGAAGGAACUCGCACCCAUUGUUGCCAAGUUGACGCUCUGCUCGAGAUCGUACCCGGAAGUGCUUCUGAAGACGAUCAAGGAGAACAACCCGAAUGUGGAGGUUGUCCACGAGAAACUGGACGUGUCGUUAAUGCAUGAAGUUCGCAAAUUUACGAAAAAGCAUGCUAAUACUCAGUUCGACUGGAUCGUUAUGAGUCCGGGUAUCAUGACGUUGAACGGGCGAACGGAAACACCUGAGGGUCUUGACGUGAAGAUGGCGACUCACUACUAUGGGAGAUUUAUGCUGGUGCACGACUUGCUGGAAGGACUGAAUCGUCCCGGUGUGCGUGUUCUCAACAUUUUUGCUGCUGGCCACGGUGGUGCAAUCGACAUGAACGACCUCGAUCUGAAGCACACGUACUCUGGCAAACGUUGCGCAGAUGCUACGACCCAGUACUCAGAUCUGAUGACUCAAGCUUUCUCGGAGCAUGCUUCAAAAGCCUCGUUCAUGCACGCAAUGCCUGGAUUCGUGAACACCGGUUUAUCCAAAGGAUUACCGUGGUAUUUGCGUGGCCCCGCGAAUGGAUUAGCUGCUUUGUUUGGCCGUUCACCUGAGGCGUGCGGUAAGGUCAUGGUGUCAGCACUUCUGAAUGACGACUACGUAACUGGUUGGAGGCUGCUCGACUACAAUGGAAAGGUGGCGUCCACGACCAAGUAUCACACGGAAGAAGCGAAGGAAGUGGUUUGGAAACAUACAGUCAAGACAAUCGAAGACAUCAUGAAGCAGUAGGUAUCUUAGACUAAGAUUCUUAGCCUGAGAAGGUUGCAACGUUGUGACAGCUUUGUCAAGCAUGUUUUUAACUUCCACCGCCCCGUUUUCGCUUGAAUUAAUUGCUAGUUCUUGUACUUAACGCUGUAGAGAAGUGUCAACACAUUCUUGCUGGCAUGUCGAGCUGGAAAGCAGUUAUCAACGAUUUCUUGCAUCUACGUAUAAAUAGAUAUUGUCGCGGUUGUCACUGUGUACGCGCU